GGCCCGAGAUCAAAGCGGAAAGAGGAAGCCAAAGCAAGAGAAAAAAAAUGCAUGGGGUAUAUACUUGCCUCGGUUCCUGGCGUGGCUCCGGCACCGGGUUUUUUUCUCUUCUGACGCCCUACAUCCUGGUUGGUCACUUUCAUUAAUUUCUCAUCAAUUGCCCCGGCCCGCACGCCCUACUAGAAUGCCCCAACUUCCAAAGCUGCGAGGCAAGAAUCCAUACCGCCUAUCACAGCAAGACUCCACGUCACGGGUGCCGUCUGCGCACAUGGACGAUUUCGACUCGGGCGCCGCUUUACAGUCCUACACCCCCCUGAGAUUUUCAGGCGACGAGGUGCUCGACAUUCCCGUGUAUAACCGCGAGAAGAAUACGAUAUGGCGCUAUUCUCGCAGCAUGGCCCCGGGCCUGCACCAGCCCUCUUCGCAGCCAGGCCCUAAUUUGGAGAGCCCCAAUUAUGAUGGGGCCAGCUAUAACCAGGCCGCUUUCAAGAGCAAGGAAGAUUUGGAGAGGGCCGAUCACGAGAGGGCACAAUACCAGAGGAGAGAUAGCAAGAGGGCAGUUUAUGAGAGGGCAGUUUAUGAGAGGGCAGAAUUUGAGAGGCCAGAUUAUGAGAGGGCAGAUUAUGAGAGGGCAGAUCCCCAGAGGAUAUAUUCCCAGAGGACAGAUCGCUACAAGGCCAGCCAUGGCAAUGGUUUCUACGAUCAUAACGAGAAGAGUUCCAAGACACCAAACUAUGAGCAGGCCACAUCCCAGGAUCACACGGUGAGCAAUCUUGAUGCGCAAUAUGGCCACGAUGCUUAUAAAGGCACCGGCUCUGAAAACCCCCAGACCCACGAUUACCGAAAUGCCUGUUUCACGAACACCGGGCUUGGCAACGCUAUGUUCCAGAACACCGGUUCCAGAAAGACUGCCCCAGAUUCCGCCCCCGGAAAUGGCCACGUAGAACAUGCUCUUCCAAGACGGCACGAGCAAGUCCGCCAGCCCGUCAUGAAAAUCCAAACAAGAGAAGCCGUUUUUUUCAAGACACUACAACCAGAAGCACAAGCGGCGCAGCUCAAAAACACUUAUCUUCACAACGAAAAACAGGCCCCGGUCUCGCUGAACAUCCACAAAAGAGACACCCUCAGGGACCUCGAGAAUCCGGAGUUCCUCUUGCAAACAACGGCCCCGGACCGCAGCAAGCGUUUAUCUGUAAACACACAGUUCCCAAGAUUCGUGCCUCAGUUCCAGCACCAGCCCCAGUCUCGGGGUCCCGAGAACCGGCUGCAAAACACAGCACAGCCGAUCGCCGAAACGGCUUUCUUGCAAACCCAGGAAAACCUAGAUAAGCACACCUUGGCCAGCGCAGGGACGUCUAACCAUAUGUCCACGUCUGAAAGCCACUGCUCGGUCCAGACAGACGCUUCUUCCGAAACAGACUUGCUGUCUUUGGGGAUAUGCGCGUCGGAGUCCGUUUCGCCAUAUGAAGGGAAAGCUGAUAGCAAUCCCUUGAGCCAGAAAACAGUCGGAAGCAGUUUUGAGAUGGCCGAGGCCGGCUCUUCAUACCACGAGGAUUUGCAGAACACGCGUCCGUUGUAUGGCAGGCCACAGACCGUGCCUUCAUAUCACGAAAAGGAAGGUAGUUGCCCAGAGCACAUCCAGAUCGAGGAGCCGACUUCCGUGUACAACAGCACUGUGUUUGACCCGCAUGCAGAGAAGGAGUUGCCGCCAGAACCCCCCAAGCACCAGCGCCGGCCACUCAGCGCCUUUGUGCCGCAUGUGAAACGGACCGCCCGGCCAGUAUCAAAAGUGCCGCGGCGCUCGCUCGACUUCUGUCUUGACAUGGGCGCAGAUUACGACAAGUCCAGGUUCAUGAUUCCAGCCGAACACCAGGUGCACCCCGAGGCCCGCCGCUUGAGAGAGGAGGCGAUCUUCCGCAAAGAUAUCUCUAAUCUAGGGAAAGACGCCCGCCAGCCCAAGAAAGGUGGGGAUCGGUCUGGCUCUAGCCUGAGGAAUGUAUUUUCCGGGUUCAGACGUGGACUCGGUCGCCUUUUCAGAUAGGCCUGGGUGUGGAUACAUCACUGGAGCAGCCAUCUCUAGGAGCUGCGGCACUGAGUGUGAGCCCAGCAGGAAUAAUGUAAUCAUAGUCAUAGUCAUAUUCAUAGUUAUAGUCAUAGUUAUAGUCAUAGUUAUAGUCAUAGUUAUAGUCAUAGU